AUGCAGAUCCCCAUACUAGUGGUCAUCUUCAACCGCCAGGACUGUUGCGCUAAACGACUCAACCCGUUUAACAUCCACAUCGGGGACUCCCCCCAGGUGACCAUGAACCCCAGGUGUGGUGGUGACAUUCAGAUCAACGUGAGCCAGCCGGCCAUUUCCGUCUCCUGUCAGGGCAUGAAGGGUCGCUAUGUGGGCGUCCGUCUUCCCGGAGACUCCCGAGUGCUGACCCUGUGUGAAGUCCAAGUAGUUCCUGACUACUCGAAGAUGUGGAAGAAACUUGGCUGUUGGGAAGAUCGCUUUGACCGAGCUAUCCCGUCCAUGGAGGGUACAGAUCAUCGUUUAGACGGUUCCUACUCGUCGCGCUUCGACCCUAUUAUGAAAUGCUACAUAGUGGCAAAAGAUCGCGGUUACAAAGUCUUCGCCGUGCAGCAUAGUGGCCAAUGCUUUUCUUCGGCAACAGCUGCGGAUAAUUACAGUAAGUACGGUCCUUCAACCGGGUGUGCCGAAGGCGAGGGAGGGACCUGGAGCAACGAUGUGUAUGAAAUCAUCGAUAAAUGAAUCAAUCAAUCAAUGGAGGAGUGAGUAAGAUGCGUAGUGAAGAUGUUCUUUAUUCA